CAUUAUCAUUCCAGAUGCAUAAAGGAUACACUUAAACUCUCAAAAUGUGGGCAACACCAAAAAGGACAUAUUCAGAGGCGAGUGAGGAUGUGGAGAUCACAGUAAACAUAGGCGGCUCCAGACAUGUACUGUCCACCAGUUCCCUUGAGCGCUACCCAUCUACACGUCUGGCAAAACUUGCAUGUUGUUUGGAGGACAGCUCGUCCGACUUCUCUGUGCUUUGCGACGAUUACGACCCGACGACGCGUGAGUUCUUCUUCGACCGUGACCCAGAUGCAUUCCGGUGUAUUGCCGAGGUAUAUCAGUAUGAUGAGGUACACAUGGCAAGAGGAACUUGCCCAGUACGCUUUAGGAAGGAGAUGGAGUUUUGGGAAGUGGACUUGGAUCUGCUUGACGACUGCUGCAAAAGCAACCUGAGAGAGGUCGAGGAUGAGCUUGCUGAGAUCGCCGAGAAGGUGCGUGCUAUUAUGGAUGACAUGGAAGGGACCCCGGCAAGUGACGGCUGGGGAAAAUGCAGGGCCUUUCUAUGGAGGUUGAUGGAAAAACCAGAGUCAUCUUGGGCUGCCCGUGCUAUUGCCCUGCUCUCAUUUCUGUUUGUUCUUAUCUCAUCUGUGGUGAUGUGCGUGGGCACGGUGCCUGAACUGCACGUUCAGGACGAGGACGGAAACAGAACUGAAAAUCCAGUCCUGGAGGCCAUUGAGACGGCGUGUAUUAUUUGGUUCACGGUGGAAUACAUUCUGCGCCUGGCAGCGUCACCAAACAAGCUGCACUUUGCCCUUUCUUUUAUGAACGUAGUGGACUUGCUGGCAAUCGCACCUUUCUAUGUGCUUUUGUUGUUGUCGUACCUCGGUGCUGCUGUGCUCCAGCUGGCGACAGUACAACAGGCAGUUCAGGCACUGCGCGUGAUGCGAGUGGCACGUGUCCUUAAGCUGGCGCGCCACUCCUCUGGCCUGCAGACGCUGACCUAUGCUCUGAGAAGCAGCUUCAAGGAGCUCGGGUUGUUGCUCAUGUACAUGGGCGUGGGUAUCUUUCUGUUCUCAGCACUUGGCUACACAGUGGAGCAGAGCCACCCAGAGACCAUGUUUACCAGCAUCCCUCAGUCUUUCUGGUGGGCCAUUAUCACCAUGACCACAGUGGGCUAUGGUGAUAUUUAUCCCAAGACCACACUUGGUCGGUGCAACGCUGCUGUCAGUUUCCUGUGUGGUGUCAUUGCUAUCGCCCUGCCCAUACACCCCAUCAUUAACAACUUUGUGGUGUUCUACAGCAAGCAGCGUGUUCUCGAAACUGCAGCUAAACAUGAGAUAGAGCUCAUGGAGCUGCGAUCUAAAGAAGGAGAACCCACUGAUACUGCAAGUUUAGAAUUAAGAUCAAGUCAACCGGUUGGUGAGACUGAGUUAGCAUGGGAUGGCACUUCCGUCUUAAAAAGAAGGCCAAAUUCUAUUACUCAAGGACACUGGUCCGGGUGUACCCACACAGAGAAUCAAGAAUAAUUAGACUAUUGAAUGUUGAUGUGUAUUUACAGUACAUA